GGCAGCACCGGGCCUGCAGCUUCGGCCUCCCCCGGAAUUCUCCGUAAACCGUCGAACAGGCUCGUCCGGCUCCGAACACCCUCCGGAGGAAACACAGGUGUCUCCGUGCAGGUGAAGACCGUCUCCUUCUCCAUGACAGAUACAACCGGCUCCAUUUCACAGCUCUAAUAACAGACAUGACGGAGCAGGAGAGUCACCGGCUGAGCUGCGGUUCUCCGCCACCCGGCCGGAAGACGCGUAUGUCCGCCUGACAUGAGCCCCCCUCUGGCCUCGGGCGGACCGCUCUGUGUGUUUGUCACAACAAGAGGGCGUCCACGUUUCUUAUCGAGGGCUUGAACCGAGCGCCUGCGGUUGUGGUAUCUUCGUCCCGAGUCGGAAACAGCGACGUCCCGAGGAGGAGCGUCCACUCACUCACCCCCCACCCACACCCACCUCAGCCCGGUGUCUCUCCCUGAAGAGCAGCUGGAGCCCGGGACUCGCCUCCGACACACACAAGAGCGAACAUGUUCGAGACCAGAGGAAUCCCCUUUGUCCUGCUCGACGUAGCCUGUCUCGUCCUGGCUGGACUCCCGUUUGUAAUACUCAAUGUGCAGCACAGUCCUUUCCGACGGGGCUUUUUCUGUAAUGACGAUUCAAUCAAGUACCCCGAUAAAGAGGAGACCAUCUCCUAUCAGUUGUUAGGGGGGGUCAUGAUUCCCGUCGUAAUACUCACUAUGAUCAUUGGCGAGUGCCUUUCAGUUCAUCUAAAUCGCAUCAAAUCCAAGUCGUCUUUCGGCAACUACGUUGCUUCUGUUUACAAAGCCAUCGGCACCUUUCUCUUUGGUGCCGCCAUGAGCCAGUCUCUGACCGACAUCGCAAAGUAUUCCAUCGGCCGGCUCAGGCCACACUUCCUGGACGUAUGCAAGCCCGACUGGAGCCAGAUCGACUGUUCAUCAGGGGGUUAUAUCGAAAACUUCACUUGCACCGGAGACGCGACCAAGGUCAACGAGGGCAGGUUGUCCUUCUACUCGGGCCACGCCUCAUUCUCCAUGUACUGCAUGUUGUUCCUGGCUCUCUAUCUGCAGGCUCGACUCCAGGUUGAGUGGGCGAGGCUGCUGCGACCCACAAUCCAGUUCUUCCUUAUCGCUGCGACAGUGUACACAGGAUUUUCCAGAGUGUCCGAUUAUAAACACCACUGGAGCGACGUGCUGACUGGACUCCUGCAGGGGGCCCUCAUGGCUUUACUCGUGGUCUUCUGCGUGUCGGACUUCUUCAAGCCACGUGUGGAAUCCCGUAAAGAGGACAUGACGACCCUGCAGGAGACCCCGACUAAUGGAAACCACUUUGAGAGUACGAACUAAGCUAAGCGAGAGGAGAAGGAGGAAACCUCUGCUCUGUCCAAACGCACACCCAGGACCCCAGCUCUCUAGCCUGUCAUCGCACGCAAAUUCUCUUCUCGUACCCUGCAUGGAUUCAGUAUGGAGUACCGAAUUUCUUUUCACUUAAGAAAGCUAUGUGAUGACUGUGCAAACCAGAAGAAUUUUUUUUUUUAAAGCUACACCUCAGGCCGUUUCAGAUUUUAAGACUUCUAUGAUUUUAGACAAUUUACCGUCUUGUUCAACCCUGGUAGAUUUAGUGACUAAAGUGACUGAAGAAGAUAUAGAUUAGAGGUUCUGUUAAGAUGGGAACCAUUGAUCUACUGAGCCAGUGGGAGGACUUGCCUGCAUGCACUCAACUGUAAAGGGUCUGACCACUGCUGGGGGGAAGAGAGAGAGAGAAGACUGUUUGAAACCUGUGAAUGUAAUCCUGCUUUGAGCUUUUCCUGACCUGGAGUCAGUCUGCUCACAGAUCUGAUUUAGGGUCACUUUUAGAAAAACCUCCAGCUCCCAGAGACGCGGAACAAUCUUUAAUGCCUUGUUAAUACAAAGGGCUAAUUGUAAGAGUUAGAUUUAACACUAGAACACGCUGGAGGCUAAAGCUCAUCCUAGACCAGAGCUGGAGACCCUUCUCAUGUGGAGCAGCGGACUCCAGACCCACUCCACCGCUGAUUCUCCAGCUGUCUAACCUCACGUAGCGGAGGAAGAAGCUUGAGCUUUGUUAGAGAGCUGGAGAGUCAGCGGUCGGUUUUCAAAUCCCGUGUUGCCUUUGCUGGACUGCCGCUGCUAUCACAGCUUCCUGUGUAUCUAUGAACUGAUAUAGACAUCAAGUGAAUAAACAACAAUGUACUUUUUGUAUAAUCUGUAUGUAUAAACAAGUCAACACACAGACUUUUAUUGAAAAUAAAUGUUACAAAUAUGUACAGACGUCCAAAGAAAGAAAUUUCACUAACGAUGAAAACCAGUGAAAACAAAAGUGUUGGAUGUAGAAUGUUUUGAGGCACCACUUAUAAUUAAAGCAUGACUUGUUUACUUUGUCA